UAUUUUGUUCAUAAGUCUGUUUGUUUUCUUUUCCAGCAAUGGAAACCGAUGGUCAGAGAGUGUACUCUGUUCUUACAACAAAUGAAGUUGGUGAGAAGAUGAAGAGUGAAAUCAACCAGAUCUCCGAAGUCUUCUUGCUGUCCAAAUCUGAUGCAACCGUAAUCCUUAUCUCUCUCCGUUGGAACUCGUUCAAGGCUUCAGAUCGCCUGGGUGACGACAAGGAGAAACUCCUUUUGGAGUUAGGUUUGGUUAAAGUUUUCAGUUCGAGUCAAGAAAACGAAUCUAUGUCUUCUUUUGCAGAUCAAGAAAAUCUUGUCUCCACACCCUUUUGUCCACACAAGUUUUCUGAAACUUGUUGGAUAAGUCAUCUCAACAACCUUCUGGAGGAGGGUAAGGCGGAGAACAACAAGGAGGAAGAGAGAGUCCUUUGCCCUAACCCUGACUGUGUCGCAGCGGUUGGACCCGAUACGAUUGAGAGACUCAAAGAACCAGCUGUGAAGAUGAUGUACGAGAGAUACGUUCUGAGAUCCUUCGUGGAGGCCAACAAGGAAUGGAUCAAAUGGUGUCCUGCGCCAGGUUGCGAAUACGCCAUCGAGCGUCAUGAGGAUCUGUUGGAAGAUGAUGAUGAGUCUUCUCUUGACUUUGGUGUGGUGUGUUUGUGUGGUCACACAUUCUGUUGGAGUUGCAAGCUCGAGUCACAUCGACCCCUGACCUGUAAGGAUGCUACUGUUUGGUUUAGUUCCACCUUGGAUACGUUAAAGAGCAAUGCUUGGCUCGUUCAAAACACCAAACGUUGUCCUCGUUGCAACACUCACGUGCAGAGGACCGAUGACCCUAUUUUGAGAAUGAUAACUUGUUUCUGCAGUUGUCACUUCUGUUGGCGCUGCUUUCGAUCAGCGAAAGAGCACAACGGAAAAUGGAACUGCGUUGAAGUCACUUUUCAACCAACAAUGAGACAAGAAGUGGAAGAUUCUCGUUACCUGCGUCUGUGGGAGGCAUGUCAUGAAGAGUUUGAGAAAUCCAAGUCGGAUCUUGAUGCUAGGAAUUUCAAAGUUCCUAAAACAAAUGUUGUAGGAUAG